AGAUCCGCUGCUGGAACACAAGAAUUCCAUUUUAGGACGACUGUUCUGAUCAGAGAAUGGCUCACGGUUGUUAAAACUUUUUCUUCGUUUCACGUUACCUGGCAUGAUGUAGAUUUAGCGGCUAGGUGCUUGUGUGGACAAGAACGCCGGUUUUUUUGCCGGUAUAUUUGGCAACGACGGAGCCAAAUUAUGAAGCUAACGGUCAGCGAUGCCGUGUACAACUACAGGUUUGUCAACAAUCUGUGGAAUGCUGCCUCAGAGGGAGAUCUUAGGUGUCAGGUAAAGACGGAAAUGACUAAACUAUAAGGCUUUUAUUUUGAGCGCCGAGGAAAAACUCACCACUCCAAUUGUUGGUCACGUGAUUAGCCCAUUUGCCCCACAGCCGUGUCACGUGACAGAGGCCUGGGGCCCAAGGCAGCCGUAUCAGGCUCUGUUCUACCGGCCGUCAGAUCACACUAUGGAAGCCCCUAAGACAGAUCCACUGAAUCAGAACCUUGGCUCAGAGUAUUCCCCAAGGUUUCAUCUGCAGAAUACUCACGAGAAAGGCUACGAGACAACAGUCUUGUCUAGCUUUGACAAGAACCUUGAACAGAGUCGCCAUCAUCGCAGGCAACACUUCAAAGCUGGCACAGUACCUGGUGGCUCCACAUCCAAUAAGAUGAUUUAUGGUACAAAUGAGAUGCUACAUCAGGAAAAUCAGCGAAGAGUGAAGCAACAACAAGAGAAAGCUGAUGGAUUCCUGUUUGGCACUGAUGCCGCCACUAAUGUUGGGAAGCAGCAGGAGAAAAGAAAGCCAAAUAAUGCUUUGUAUCUGGAAAACCGAACGGAACUAGACUUCCAAAGAAACAAAAAGUUGGCAAAUGAACAAGAUGAGUUCAUGGAAAAACACAUUCAGGAGAAACGUCGCCAGAGGAUGCGAGAGCAAGAAGAGAAGAAGAAGGAUUUGGAGAUGUUGAAGAACCUCAAUCCUUGGGGAAGACCCGGCCAUGGCGCACCUAUGUUUGCGCCCACAGAACAACCAGCUGCCAAGAGAACAAAGGCUGUGAAUGAGCUAGUAGGCGAGCACUAUCAACCACUGGGAGGUGACGCAGGAGGCGGUAAUGUCAACCGUACAGCAUCAGGGAAACCCCAGCCGACUUACAAAAUAGAUCCUGAACUCCGCUUCCAGAAAUACAGUGAUAAGAAAAACGUGGAGCCUCAACUGAGAUAUCGUAAGGACAUACACUACGGGAAAGAGCUUGAUUCCCUUUUGGAGGAAGCAAAAUCAAGGAAACAGCUACAAAGACGAGACAGCCUCGAAAAGGAGCUUCGCCAUAUAAGUCACGAUCCAUUUGGGAAGCAAGGCGGCGGAGCACCUCUGAAAAACCGAAAAGGCGAGUUGCAAGCUGUGUUCCCAACAACACUCUCGAAAGACAUUCAAGAAUUACGUCAAGUAGAGCCAAGACAUUCGCAUGCGUACAAUGCUACAAAUCAGGAAGAUUUCGGGAAUUAUGACCCUUGGGGUAAAGGUUACGGAGUCCCACGGCGAGACGAGAGGGGUCGAUUAAUCCGCCAGAACCACAAAGACAACAAUGAUAACUUGGAUGGUGUUGGGAUACUUAUCGGACGGCCCGGCUGUGGAGCUCCCCUCAAAGAUGACAAAGGCAGAGUCCAAGCGAGGAAGGCACAGACGCUCACUAAAACAGCAAGCGGACAGACCUUACCGCGAGAGUUCAGCCCUAAAGGCGUUGAGUGCUAUAACCCAUUCGGCCGACCAGGGGCAGGAGCCCCCGUGAGGGGUGCUGACGGGACGGUGAAGACACAUAUCAUGGGAAAAGUGGAGAAAGACGCCGUUGUCUUGAACGAUCCCAGCCCUCGAACUGACCCAGCAACGAAACACGAAUACUUACAAACCCUACGCAAUAUGACAGAAGAAGCGCGCGAGCAGAGAAAAGCAGAGAAAGAAGAACUCAAAACGGAUGGAGCCGAUGUCGCGGCGUGGUUACGUAAAGGUGUGAUAGGGCAACCCCAAUACGACCCAGUGACUGGUGAAAUAGUCGCGUCACACAAACACACAUCAGAUAUCACGCAACAGAAACUCAACAUCCGUCGACAAAAGAACGAGCUGAGCCAUCAAUAUCAUCAAGAUCUAGAGAGGCUCGCGCAAGAACGGGAAAAGGACAAAGUACAAAGAAGGGACCUGGAGCAUCGCCACUCAAGAGAGCAUGUUGACACGAUGAACAGCAUUUGGGGGCGCCCAGGGGCAGGAGCACCGCUGACCAGGGAUCAUGUCAAAUACGCGAGAAAACAAAAAACUGGCCUUGACCCCAUAGACGUGGAUAACUUCAGGGAUUACUAGCUCUAUGACUGUAUUCUACCGAGCACUUCAACACCAUCAUCUUAUCGGCAUUUUUUUUUACAAUGGAUUUAUUUUAUUGAUGAUAAUAAAAGUGAGCACUGCUUUGAA